AUGCCAGGAUCACAUAUAUCAAAAUAUUGUGCACUGUCCUGGGAACGAAUCUCCAGCAUUGGAUCUGCAGAUGUUAGACGAUGGUGCCUCCAGAGAAUUCCCAUUUUAAACUGGGCUCCCAGUUACAGCUUACGGGACAACCUGUUUCCAGAUUUUAUAUCAGGGUUAAUGCUGACAGUCCAACAAGUGGCACAAGGUCUGGCCUUUGCUAUUAUGUCAUCAGUUCACCCAGUCUUUGGUCUGUAUAGUUCCCUUUUUCCACCAUUAAUUUAUGCCAUUUUUGGUACGAGCCAUCAUGUUUCAACAGGAACAUUUGCGAUCACUUCCUUAAUAUCAGCGGGUGCAGUUGAGCGGCUCGUUUCUUCAAACAAUGACAGCGCCACUAAUGGCACGCUAGGAGUUCUGGGUUUAUCUGACUUUGAAAUGCAGAGGAUAGGAGUUGCUGCAGCUGUUACUUUUCUAGCGGGCAUAAUCCAAAUUUCCAUGUUUUUGUUGCAUCUGGGGGGUGCAACAUGCAUCUUAUCAGAACCUGUGGUUAGCUCAAUGACAACAGGAGCAGCGACUCACGUUGUGACAUCCCAAGUGAAAUAUCUAUUAGGAAUGGAGAUGCCAUAUAUAUCUGGACCACUCGGGAUGUUCUAUAUUUAUGGCUACAUAUUAAGCAACAUCAAAAUGGUCCAAACCAAAGUGUUGCUUUUUUCUAGUCUUUGCAUUGUGAUUCUCGUUCUGGUAAAAGAGUUAAAUGAACAAUUUAGAAAUAAAAUCAAAAUGAUCAUUCCAGUUGAUCUGGUUUUGAUAAUCACAACAUCUCUUGCAUGCUAUUUUGCAGAUAUGGAAAAUGUUUAUGGAGUAAAAGUUGUGGGGCCUCUUCCAAAAGGAAUACCAUCGCCUCAGGUUCCACCACUGGGCAUUUUGUCAGACGUUGUGACUGAAGCCUUCAGUGUUGCACUGGUUGGGUACACAGUAUCAAUAUUCCUUGCUUACAACUCGGCAAAAAAAUUCAAGUACACCGUUGAUGAAAAUCAGGAACUCCUUGCCCAUGGACUUAGCAAUAUUAUUCCAUCAUUUUUACUCUGCAUACCAAAUGCUGCAGCUCCUGCCCGUACAUUCUUGUUAUAUAACAAUGGAGCAAAGACGCAGGUAGCCUGCUUGAUAUCAUGCACUAUGGUGCUCCUGGUGAUUUAUUUCAUCGUUCCCCUCUUAUACUGGUUGCCAUUGUGCGUUUUGGCAUCUAUCACCGUUGUGGCUUUAAAAGGAAUGCUCAUUCAAUUCCGAGACUUAAAAAAAUAUUGGAAUGUUGAUAAAAUGGAUUGGGUGAUAUGGAUAUUUACUUAUUUGGUUACCAUAUGCUUUGCUGCAAAUAUAGGGUUACUUUUUGGCGUUGUCUUCAAUAUUUCUUUGGUUAUUUUUCGCUUAACUAGAGGAAAGACACUACAUUUCAUACAAGUGGAUAACAACUGCAUUAGGAUGUCUGUCAAUGUGCAAUCAGAAUCCUAUCUAAAUGCGAAGGUCAUUUCCAUGAGAAAGCCACUAUUCUUUCUCAAUGCCCAAAAGUUUCAUGAUGAAAUGAUGAAAAUAAAUGAAUAUGUCUACGAGCAAAAAGCCAGUCUUUUACUGAAUUCAUGGACUGACGAAGACUGUAAUGGGAAAGCCUCAGUUUCCCAACUCCAGAGUAAUGAAAGGAGCAGCUUAAUUUUAGACUGCAGUGGAAUUACAUUUUUUGAUUUUACAGGAGCUGCGGCCCUCGCACAGAUUUGCUUGGAAUUAGACCGGUAUGACACAGAUGUCCUACUAGCGAGCUGCAAUGUGUCCUUAGUGAAAGCUCUUAAGUAUAGAGGAUUUGGGAUUGAACAUCUGCUGCUUUUUGACUCUGUACAAUCGGCAUUGCAUGCCCUUCAAAUAAAGGAGAAUGGUACAAGCUUGGAGGGAACUGACUCGUCAGAUGUAUAGAAGCUUUUGAAAAAGAUACCACUGUUGGAUUUUACUGUGAUGUUCCUGUCAUUGUUUGGAAAUUCUAAGGCUCUUUCUUCCAAAUUACACAUUACUUUUUCAAAUUGUAAUAAAAGAAAAGAGUGUUGUAAUGUGUAUAACACGUUUAUAUAACUAGCGAUUCUAAUAAGUAG